AUGAAGCGUUUUGAUCGCAGGGUCUUGUAACAUAACAUAGGCGGAUCUCGCGUAGCGUUAUUUAACGCGUCCAACUGCACUGUAUAGAAUACAUUUUCAACGGCGUUUUCCUGGUGGACUAGUAAACGAUGGACCUGCAUAUCUUGGACCACAGGUUAAGGGUCACUUGUAUCAGCAAAUCUGGUCUGGAACAUUACACCCAUCCUCUGAUCAAACUGAUAUUUUUAAGAAACAGGACGAGAUGCAAAUUUUUCAGCCUCACAGAAACUCCGGAAAAUUACACAGUUGUCCUUGAUGAGGAGGGAUUUAAAGAGCUACAGCUGUCCGAGCACUUGCAGGUGGAGGCCUCUACUUGGCUCCCGCUCAAUGUCGUCUCCAAUGGCAACGCCUCCAGCAGCUCACAGGCCGUGGGUGUCACCAAGAUCGCCAAGUCCGUUAUUGCGCCAUUGGCUGAGCAGCAUGUAUCCGUGUUCAUGCUCUCUACGUAUCAGACCGACUUUAUUCUGGUGCGGGAGAAAGACCUCUCGGUGGUGGUGGAGACUCUAGUGGAGGAGUUUAAUAUUUUCAGAGAAGAGGGGGGAGAGUCCGUGCCUGUCCACAGUCAGGACGCCUGCAACGGCCUUCAGCGAAACGGAAGAGAGGUUCCGCAUGCCACAGUUCAUCCAGUGCUGAUUCCUGAGAAUCAGUUUUGCGUAAUGAGUUUGGAUCCGGAUACUCUGCCAGCGAUCGCCACCACCCUCAUAGAUGUUCUGUUUUACUCGAACAGUCCUAAAGAGGGCGCCAGUGUUGAUCAGGACAUGGAAUGCAUCAAGUUCUUCUCCUUCUCUCUGAUUGAUGGAUACGUCUCAUUGGUGAUGGACACAGAAGCACAGAGACAAUUCCCAGCUGAUCUUCUCUUCACCAGCUCCUCUGGUGAGCUCUGGAGGAUGGUGAGAAUAGGAGGGCAGCCUCUCGGCUUCGAUGAAUGUGGGAUAGUUGCUCAGAUCUCCCAGCCUCUUGCAGACAGUGAUAUAUCAGCGUAUUACAUCAGCACCUUCAGCUUUGAUCAUGCUCUGGUGCCAGAAGAAGAUAUUGUGAGCGUGACCGAGAUGCUUCAAGCUCAGAGGAAGGACAUGUCCAGUUGAGGCUGCGGUUGAAUGCAUCUUCAGCUUAUAGACGGUAGAAAAAGAC